CCGCACGUCGCUGGGCAGCCAGCGCAGCCGCGUCAGCUUCCUCAAGAGCGACCUCAGCUCGGGCGCCAGCGACGCCGCGUCCACCACCAGCCUGGGCGAGGGCGCCGAGGGCGCGGAGGGUGCCGACGAGGCCGCCCUUCGAGGCGGACAUCGACGCCACCACCACCGAGACCUACAUGGGCGAAUGGAAGAACGACAAGCGCUCGGGCUUCGGCGUGAGCGAGCGCUCCAGCGGCCUCCGCUACGAGGGCGAGUGGCUGGACAACCUGCGUCACGGCUACGGCUGCACCACGCUGCCCGACGGCCACCGCGAGGAGGGCAAGUACCGCCACAACGUGCUGGUCAAGGGCACCAAGCGCCGCGUGCUGCCGCUCAAGAGCAACAAGGUCCGCCAGAAGGUGGAGCACAGCGUGGAGGGCGCCCAGCGCGCUGCCGCCAUCGCGCGCCAGAAGGCCGAGAUCGCCGCCUCCAGGACAAGCCACGCCAAGGCCAAAGCUGAGGCAGCGGAACAGGCUGCCCUCGCUGCCAACCAGGAGUCCAACAUUGCCCGCACUUUGGCCAGGGAGCUGGCUCCAGAUUUCUACCAGCCAGGACCCGAGUAUCAGAAGCGCCGGCUGCUGCAGGAGAUCCUGGAGAACUCGGAGAGCCUGCUCGAGCCCCCGGAGCGGGGCCCAGGGGCCGCGGGUCCCCCGCUGCGGUCCCGGGAGAGCCCGCAGCUGCACGAGCACGAGCCCCUCGGGCCCGAGGGCUGCACCCCGUCCCCGGCCGGGACGCCCCCGCAGCCCAAGCGGCCCCGCCCGGGGGCGACCAGGGACCGCCUGCCUGAGGUGGCGCUAUACCGGGGCUACCACAGCUAUGCCGUGCGCACCGCGCCGCCCGCGCCGCCGCCCUUCGAGGACGAGCCGGAGCCGGAGGCCUCCGGGCCCGACUCCGCGCCGCCGUCGCCGGCCGCCGCUCCGGUGCGGACCCCCGAACUCGCGCCCGAGUCCCCGGCCAAGCUGGAGCCCAAGCCCAUCAUCCCCAAAGCCGAGCCGAAGGCCAAGGCCCGCAAGACGGAGGCCCGAGGGCUGACCAAGGCGGGGGCCAAGAAGAAGGCUCGGAAGGAGGCGGCGCUGGCAGCCGAGGCCGAAGUGGAGGUGGAGGAGGUCCCCAAUACCGUCCUUAUCUGCAUGGUGAUCCUGCUUAACAUCGGCCUGGCCAUCCUCUUUGUUCACCUCCUGACCUGA